AGCUCGUCUAUCUUGUUGUAAUGCUACGUCUAUCCCCUACUACAUUGUCCGUUACCCGUUAUCCAUCUGGUACUAGGACUAUUAUGUCGCCUUAUCCUGGUGGACCUGUAUAUCAAUGGCUUAGGAUCAAUUAUAAUUAUUUUAAAAGAUAUCAAUGGAGACGUGUAGGUAGAUGGCAGAUGAGAUCAUGGUGUUAUUGGAAAGCAGCCUUUUAUGGUGUACCUGAAUGGAAUAUAGAUCCAACAAAGAAUCAAUGGCGUUGGUGUGUUGAUCCAGCAUGGUAUGGUGGUAUGAGAGAUAAAGCUAAUAUGGAUAUGUAUAGACUUAUGGUAUAUCCAUUCUUUGGAUAUGCAUUAUUAUAUCUACAUUCUAGGUUUAAACAAAACGAUAAGUAUAAUGUCUUUGCUAAGUGGCGUAAGAAUGAUAACAACAACAACGACAAAUAGUAGUAGUAAUAAUAGUAUGAUUAUUAUUAAUAGUACAUGUCUUGGUGGUAUAUCCUACUAGACUCAUUAUGAUGAUGAUGGAGUAGUUAUCUUAGGAGGCGGC